AUGGCGGACUCCAAUGAGACCCCGAGUUCGCCCUUCAUGCCCAUGUUUGAGGAAUUCCGCAAAGAAUUAGACGAGCACCACGACAGACGAGAAAGAGUCAUAAAAGCGUCCAGAGAUGUUACUGCUUCGAGCAAAAAAAUCAUUUUCACACUGCAAAGAAUCCGGACUCUCGGUGCUACUAUUCCCGCUUUUGCGACCAAAAACAACGCGCAAUACUGGGAAACAAUACAGAAGCAGUAUCAAUCAAUCGCUACUGAUGUUCAGGGCAUCAAUGCCUACCGAUACCCGCAAAUCACGGGGGGCAACCAAGAAUUCAUGGAAGCGCUGAGCUUCCAGCACUAUCUGGAAAACCAAACCCUCAUAUCCUACGAAGAAGCUAGAUCGAAAGUGGCUUCCAUGAGCGGAGAAGGCCCUGAUGUGCUCCUCACGCCCGAAGACUACAUUCUAGGAAUUUUCGACAUGAUAGGCGAGCUGAUGAGAUUUUCCAUUACUUGCAUAGCGACAAACGGCAAGCUACCUGCGGGUCGAGUCAAGAAAACGGCCAAGAGUGUGUCUGGUGAUGGAGCGCAAAAUGGAGACCAAAUGGAUGUUGACCAACCAGACUCCAAACCGACUGAAGAGGCAGAACCAAGGAAUGUCCUAUCGGAUUUACGAGAGAUCCGGCUUCAAUUAGAGAUGUUUGAGGCACCAGAUGAGGAGGAGAAAUUCUAUGCCGAGGUGGAAAGGAAGAUGUCAGUCAUGCGUCAGUGUGUCAACAAAGUGGAAAAAGCUCUUUACAGCCUUACUGUUCGAGGCAAAGAACGGCCCAAGGGAUGGGUCCCAGACGUGAGGGAAGAAAGGCCGACCGCCGUUGAGGGCUAUUGA